GGAGCCUGCGAUGACGGGCGGGUCGAGCUCGCGCAGGCGCCGGGCGGAGGAGCGCAGCUCGGCCGCGGGGACAGAGCGCAGCUCCCGGAGAGAGGCUGCGGGCGGCAUGAGCGCGGGCGGGAUGGGCGCGGGCCCGGCGCUGGCAGCGCUGCUGCUGGCCGGGUCGGUGCUGAGCGCCGCGCUGCUGGCCCCCGGCCGCCGGGCGGAGCCAGAUUUAGCUGAGAGAAGGAACGUGGAGCUAAAGAUGGAUCAGGCUUUGCUGUUUAUCCACAACGAACUGUUGGGAACAAGCCUGACUGUGUACUGGAAAUCUGAAUACUGUUACCAAUGCACCUUCCAGCCGCUGGCGAACGUCUCUCACAGCGGAAAACCUGCAAAGCCAAGCGUCGCGGCUGUGUCCGUGAGCACCCAGCACGGCUCGGUCCUGCAGGUGAACUACACCUUGGAAGAGAGAGCAGCUUGCAGGCUGGAAUAUAAAUUUGGAGAAUUUGGAAACUAUUCCCUUUUGGUUCAGCAUGCUUCCAGCGGAGCCAAUGAAACUGCCUGUGAUCUAGUCGUUAAUGAGAAUCCAGUCGACAGCAACCUUCCUGUGAGCAUUGCGAUCCUUGUUGGUCUGGCCCUGGUCAUCGCAGUAUCAUUCCUGCGGCUCUUGCUGAGUUUGGAUGACGUCAAUAACUGGAUAUCUAAGGCAAUAGCAUCUCGAGAAACUGAUCGCCUCAUCAAUUCUGAGCUAGGGUCCCCCAGCAGAGCAGACCCUCUCAGCGCUGACUGCCAACCAGAAACACGGCGUUCUUCUGCCUUGCUGAACCGUCUCCGAUGCGUGGACACAUUUAGGGGGCUAGCUCUUAUCCUCAUGGUCUUCGUUAAUUAUGGAGGAGGGAAAUAUUGGUACUUCAAACAUUCAAGUUGGAAUGGACUGACUGUAGCUGACCUCGUCUUCCCAUGGUUUGUAUUUAUUAUGGGAACUUCAAUUUUCCUGUCAAUGACUUCUCUCCUACAACGAGGAUGUUCAAAAUUCAAGCUGCUGGGGAAAAUUACAUGGAGAAGUUUCCUGCUCGUCUGUAUAGGAAUUAUCAUUGUCAACCCCAAUUAUUGCCUUGGUCCAUUGUCUUGGGAUAAGGUGCGGAUCCCUGGUGUCCUGCAGCGACUGGGAGUGACGUACUUCGUGGUCGCUGUGUUGGAGCUCUCCUUCUCAAAGCCUGUGCCCGACAGCUGUACCUUGGAAAGAAGCUGCUUCUCUUUCCGAGACGUCACCUCCAGCUGGCCCCAGUGGCUCGUCAUUCUCAUACUGGAAAGCAUUUGGCUGGCUUUGACAUUCUUUUUACCUGUCCCUGGGUGCCCUACUGGCUACCUUGGCCCUGGCGGUAUAGGGGACUUGGGGAAGCACCCUCAUUGUACUGGAGGAGCAGCCGGCUACAUUGACCGCCUGCUUCUAGGAGACAACCACCUGUACCAGCACCCGUCCUCCACCGUGCUGUAUCACACAGAGGUAGCCUACGACCCUGAGGGAGUCUUGGGGACUAUCAACUCCAUUGUGAUGGCGUUUUUAGGAGUUCAGGCAGGGAAAAUACUGUUGUAUUACAAGGAUCAGACGAAAGCCAUCCUGAUACGAUUCGCCGCCUGGUGCUUUUUCCUUGGACUUAUUUCUAUUGCUUUGACAAAAAUGUCUGCAAAUGAAGGCUUUAUUCCAAUAAACAAGAAUCUCUGGUCCAUCUCAUAUGUCACCACGCUGAGCUGCUUUGCCUUCUCUGUCCUGCUCAUCCUCUACCCGCUGGUGGAUGUGAGGGGCCUGUGGACGGGAACCCCAUUCUUUUAUCCAGGGAUGAACUCUAUCCUGGUGUAUGUUGGCCACGAGGUGUUUGAGGAUUACUUCCCCUUCCAAUGGAAGCUAGCGGACGAGCAGUCCCACAGGGAGCACUUCAUUCAAAACGUGGUCGCCACAGCCCUCUGGGUGCUCAUCGCCUAUAUCCUCUAUAAAAAGAAGGUUUUUUGGAAAAUCUGAUGGGACCUGCUGAAAUACGUUGCUAGAGGAGUCCAGAGGGCCUGGGGGCUGUGCUUCCAGAUGCUGUGUCCAAGCUGAUCUGCUUACACAUCAGAAAGUGGCCUGUAUAUUUUUUGACUUACAUAUUUACAUCUUUGAAAUACUAUGCCCUCCAUUUUCUCCAUUUUGUAUGAAAUUGCUAUAUUUGGAACAUGUGUGGGAAUCUUGUUUAACUUCUCAGAGGAGAUUUAUUCUGGACAUUUUGCCUCUGUGGAAGAGGCCGAGGUUGGCGGACUGUGCCUGGCUCAGAGGUGGACUCCCUUCCAGGCUUGGGCAGUACCUUGGGUUUGCCCCCUGGCGUCACAAACCAGCAAACAAGAAGGACCAAGUCUUCCUUCCUGAGACCUGCCUUCCCAUGUGUAUAUGUAUGCCAGCAAUCACAGCCAUGGCUUCACCGGACAGGACAGACUAUAAAGCUUUUGGAAUGGACUGUGUCAUAACGUCUGAUUUCUUUUUAUAGCAUGCACUUAUUGUUUCUAGAAAGCCAAAAUAAUUUUCCUUUCCAACUUUCAGGGCUUCUAUAGGCCGACAAAAUGCAUUAUCAAAAGCUAUUUUCUUCUUUCCACACUUGGAAAAAAAGCUGAAAUAUAGACUUGUUCUUGCAAAUCACACUCAUUAUAGCUCUAUUUGUCCAUCUACCUUAUUAGUCUGUCUGUCUGUCUGUUCUUUGGUGGGUCCUCCGGAGCUGUCCCCUGGCCUGUCAGGGCUAUGGCUGCCUCAUCUGUGGAAGGAACGAAAUGGGGAUUCUCUCUCAGCUCUCCUGAGGGAGAGCUGGGUUUAGAUGUGAUAAGGUGGGGCCCAUGAGCAGCUUCUGUGUAAUCUCACAGAAAACCCUGGGAAAGGAAUAAUAGCAAAACCCCUUGGUCUCCAUUGGAGUGAAUCCCACCAAUGGCUGUCCACAGUUUCUUAGGGAUGAAAGUGACAGCUGUGCAUAUAGACACCCUCCUGGGAUUUUCCAUGAGAAUUGCAUCUGUGAGGAGAAUCCCGAUGAGGUUGUACGCUAGCCCACUCUUCUAUGGAAUCCUGGGGAUAUUUCAAUUACAACCCAUGUACAAAUGGCUUUUGAGUCCAUCUCUGGCUCUGCCCUGGACUCUUGCCCACGCUUUCUGAUCUUUUCUCUCCUGUGCCUGCAGCACCUCUGGCUCAGCCCCGCCCUCCUCUACAAAAGGAAACUCCUUCAUGUUUUUUGUCUCAGGGCACAGAACUAAGUGCAUCUGUCUUUUCGCUCACUUGUACUUUUCCAUUCACACACACACACACACACACACAGCCACUGCUAAGCCUUCUCAGUGCUGCCCCGAUCUUCCACCUCUUCGUUCUCCAUUGUGGCCUCUUUCUGUGAAGUCACUGGUCCUUUGCCACCAGAUUAAGCUUUCUAAAGCAGGAGUUGGAUCAGACCAUCUCCUCCAGUUCGGCUGUGCCCAGGGCACCUCAGCCCUCUUCCUUUGAUCCCUGAACCUUCUGUUUUCCUGUGGCCACCAGCCUUACUGUCUGCAGCCCAGCUGGGCCCUCCCUUCUCCUCUUCUCUCCCCACCCAUAUUUGAUCUGUUGUUUCACUCCGUCUCUAAUCUCAUUCUCAGCCAGAGCUGAAAUCCUCUUCGGGGCUCUCACUGAUAUCCAUCUCAUAGCAUUAAUUGCUUCUGCCUCAUGGUUAUUUUCCGUGUUCCGUGAUCCAAAUGGCAAGAAUUACAUAUUCUCCUCAAUUUUUGUGGUACCAAAUGCACUGCCCUGUACUUAGCAAGUACUAAAUAAACAUUUAUUAAAGCAAAA